AUGGAAAAGCGAGACACCCAGGUCUCGCAGGCCGAGGACCAGGCCGCCGGCGGCGGCGGCGACGACGUCACCAAGGUGGCCGUGGCCAAGGCCGAUUACUCGGGCGCCCGCGAGAAGACGGACCCCAAGGAGAUUGCCUUGGUGCGCAAGCUGGACAGAUGGAUCAUGCCUAUGCUUUGGAGCAUGUACUGGCUCAACUACCUCGACCGGAACGCCAUUGCGCUUGCGCGCCUGAACGACUUGGAAGAGGACCUUGGCCUCACGGGCACGCAGUACCAGACGUGCGUGUCCAUCUUGUUCGUUGGGUAUAUCCUCGGGCAGCUGCCUUCCAAUAUGUUUCUUACACGCACCCGUCCUAGUCGAUACAUGGGAAUCAUGAUGAUGCUCUGGGCCGUCGUCAGCGGCCUCACCGCCGUGUCGCGCGACUUCGUGGGCCUGCUCCUGACGCGCUUCUUCCUGGGCGUCACCGAGGCGCCCUACUACCCGGGCGCCGUGUACCUGCUGUCCGUCUUCUACACGCGCAAGGAGGUGGCGACGCGCAUCGCCGUGUUGUACACGGGCAACAUCCUCGCCACGGCCUUUGCGGGGCUCAUCGCCGCGGGCAUCUACCACGGGCUCGACGACGUCGCCGGCAUCAGCGGCUGGCGCUGGCUCUUCAUCCUCCAGGGCGCCGUCACGUUCGUCGUCGCCGUCGUCGGCUUCUUCCUCCUCCCCGACUUCCCGCGCACCACCUGGUGGCUCACGCAGGAGGAGCGCGACCUCGCCUACGGCCGCAUGGAGCUCGACACGGCUGGCAACGAGGGCGAGACGGGCGCCGUCAAGGGCCUGAAGCAGGCGGUCAGGGACCCCGUGGUUUGGAUCUUUGCGUUUAUGGCGCACAUGCAUCUGGCCGCCAAUGGCUUCAAGAACUUUUUCCCCUCGGUCGUCGAGACGCUCAACUUCAACACGACCGUCACCCUCGUGCUCACCUGCCCGCCGUACCUCGUCGCCGGGGCCGUCACCAUCCUCGUGUCGUGGUCGUCGGGGCGCCUCAACGAGCGCACGUGGCACAUCACGGCGUCCAAGGCCGUCGCGGUGGUGGGCUUCGUGGCGGCGGCGUCGGCGGCGCCGGGCGACGUGGCCGGGCGGUACGCGGCCAUGGUGGUCUUCACCAUCGGCACGUACGCCGUCAACAGCCUGAUCCUGGGGUGGUGCGGCAGCGUGUGCGCGCAGACCAAGGAGAAGAAGGCGGCCGCCAUCGGCCUCGUCACCACGCUCAUGAACUGCAGCUUCGUCUGGACGCCCUACCUGUGGCCCAAGUCGGGCGCCCCGCGCUACGUCCUCGCCAUGGCCAGCAGCGCCGCCUUCAGCAUCGCCACGGCCGCCCUGGCGUGGCUGGCCAAGGCGAUUAUGCUGCGGCGCAACAGGAGGCUCAAGGGGGAAGGGGAUGUGUCUGUCUUUUACGUCUACUGA